GAUAAGCUUCUGCACACCGACCAUGAGUUUUGAUACUCCAUAGUCUCUUAUCAUCCAAACAUUAAGCAUUUAUGCAUAUAAAAACAUCCGUCUUGGUUUCUGUCACAAGUCCACACUUUCACCAAGAGGAUUCUUGUGUGGACCAGCAUCUCUUUUUCCACCCCUUUCAUGGCUUCUCUCUCUCCUCUCUCUGUACUUCUCCUUGUCUUGUUGGCUCAUGAGGUGAUUUGCCAACAAGAAACAGAGAUGGACCAAGAGGAGCUCUCUGGUCUCUUUGAGUUCAUGGGUUCACUUCUUGAGGACCCCACUUGGGACCAAACCUACCCACAACCAUGCAGUGACACUCCAUGGCCUGGUGUUGAAUGUGAGAGCACUGGACAAGAAAACCCUCCACGCUUUCAUGUCACAAGGAUCCACAUUGGCCCUGAUAUUCUCAACCCACCUUGUAAAACCACAGCCAAACUCUCACAUUCCCUACUCAAACUCCCUUACCUCAAGGUCCUCUCUCUCUUCAACUGCUUCACUUCAUCACCAGUCUCUCUCUCUCCGACUCUCUUUGGCACGACACUGUCUUCCUUAGAGCAUCUAGCCAUUGAGUCCAACCCAAGCCUAACAGGGGAAAUUCCCCCAAGUUUGGCAGUGGUUGGUACCUUAAGGGUCUUAUGCCUUGCACAAAACAAUCUACAAGGAGAAAUUCCAAACACAUUUGGUGGGUUAGUGAGUUUGGAGCAACUUGACCUCAGUUCCAAUAACCUAAGUGGUUCAGUCCCUGAAGAAAUAGGAGAUUUAAAGAGCUUAACCAUUUUGGACCUCAGUUGGAAUGGGCUGGAAAAUGAGGUUCCUUCUUCAUUGGGUCAGCUUCAAUUUCUUCAAAAGAUGGAUUUCCGCUCAAACAAGCUUCAAGGGAAGGUGCCUCAGAGUUUGGGGCAGUUAAACAGGUUGGUCUUAUUAGACUUGAGUCAUAACUUACUUAUUGGGCCCAUCCCAGAAACCCUAUCAGGUUUGCAGCAAUUAGAGUACUUAAUGAUUGAAGACAACCCUUUGAAUUCAGAGAUACCCUUGUUUUUAGGGAGCUUAAGGAAGAUCAUAGUGCUGAGUUUUUCAUGUUGUGGUCUAAGAGGCAUUUUGUCAAACACCUUAUCUUCGUUGCAAAAUCUGUCUACCUUAUUUCUAGACAACAACAGCCUCAAUGGGACAGUCCCGCCAAACUUAGGGGCACUUCCAAAUUUGGAUCACCUAAAUUUGAGCCACAAUCAGUUUAGUGGGGAGCUAAUCUUCCCACAAGAGUUCAUCAUUAGGAUUGGAAAGAGAUUAGACGUUAGGGGCAAUACUGGGCUAUGCUUAAGUCAAGAGCUCUUCAAGAACAGAAAUGUUUCUACUACCUAUCUAGAAACCCCACCAUGUUUGGGCACAAGUGCAAAUAUCAACAGUAGUAGGACUUGGGAAGAAGAUCAUAAUCCAGGCGAUAGCAGCACAUUGAAGCCAUUUUGGGACGGCGAGAGGGGAAGUUCAAGCCAUCCAAUUGGGCUUGAUCAAAAUCUUUGUUUUCUUUGUUUUGUCGUUUGGUUCAUUGUGUGAUUGUCACUUGACAAACCCCACACUCUUUUCUGGGAUAAUUACACCAUCGAUCGAUUCAAGUAGUUUUAGCGAGAUUUUACAUUGAAGUUGAAGAGUUUUUUUUACCAGUAAAGAUGGUAUGUAUACUCUUCUAAGUUUCUAUUUCAAUAUUGUCACCUUUUUCUUGGUAUUUCAAGUGAUAAAA